AUGAUAAACUGUCAAUAUAAUCAACGAUAAAAUUUUUACAAUUUUGUAUUUGGUUUUAAUAAGGAACAAAGAUCAACAUCAAUGAAAGUAGAAAGAAUAAAAUAAAUAACCGAAAUAAAUGAAAUAAAGCAGGAUUAUUAUAAAGGAUUAUAAUUAGGAAAGACAAGUGAGAAUGCAUUAAGGAUAAUUCAUUUGAAAUUAGAAAAGUAGAGAUAAAGAAGGAAUUCACUUGAAACAAAGACAGAAGUAGAAGAGGAACAUCUUCCAUAAGUAUAAUAGAUAAGUAAGCCACCUUUACCUCGUAGAUCAAUAUUAGGAAAUAAGGAAAAUAUAAUAUAGAUGCCAAAUAUAAUAUAAAAGUAAAAAGUGGUUGUAAAAUAAAUUGCUUUAAAAAGGAGGAGAUUAUCAUAAAGAAUAAAAAUGAAGAAGAGUGAACCUACAUUAGAAUUUACUCCUUGGGAGAAUUAAGAAUAUUAGGAAUUUGAUUAUUUUUGA